AUGGCCAAGCAGCAGGGCCCGGGGCUUGAGGCCGAGUGACCUGUCUGCUGGAGCCCCUUCAACAACACGUUCCACACGACCAAGAGGCUGAACUGCUGCCACUCCUUCUGCGUGGAAUGCCUAGCCCACCUCGGCCUGGUGACUCCGGCUCAGCGCUCCUUGCUAUGCCCACUCUGUCGCCAUCCCACUGUGCUGGCCCCGGGGCAGCCCAUCACUGACUUGCCCACAGACAAUGCCAUGCUCACUCUGCUCCGCCUUGACCCCCACCGGGUCAUCCUGGAAGGCCGUCAGCUCUGUCUCAAGGACAAGCCCAAGAGCCCUUACUUCCUGUGCCACCCUCGGGUGUACACGCUGGACCUAGGCCCGGAGCUUGGGAACCAGACUGGGCCGCCCCAGGACAUGGCCCCUGCGACUGUGUCUAUUCCCAUCCCCAGACACUACUGUCUGACGGAGGGUUUCUGCAACCCUAAGUUCCGGUACUUUGCCAGGGUGAGAGCUGUCAUCCUCAUCUUCACCAUCUUGUGCACCAAGUGGAUCCUCCUAGGUGUGGGUGAGCACUCUGUCCCCGUGUCUUUCUUGGUUGCCUCUGGGUGUGAGGACUGCAAAGUCUCAUUUGGUAUUAUCUUCCUUUGCAGUAGUGUUCAUUUUACAAUCCAGGGAUAA